GGCCGUUCAUACCUGGAUCUGGUGAAAAGUACGCACGCUCCAACAAUGUCUGUCUGCAGUCGUCGGUUUCUUUUGUGAGGGCUGUGAGGUUUCAAGCUAUUUGGGAUUGUGAUCCGGCCUUUGUGCGGCCGAGGUACUUUGUCGUGCCAUCGUCGGAUGCCCGACUGCUACUAGAAGGAGCAAAGCGCCUGUCGGUGAUCUCGCGAGAGGAGCCUCUGCUUGACGCAGGAGAAGCCAUGGAGACUAGGGCAGGGCUCUGACUCUCAUCGUCUGCUGCUGGGUUGUCCUGCUGCCACCACCACCAUGGCAGUGGAAGGGGACACAGAGCCAACAUUCAAGAGCCUGCAGGAUGAGGCAGCCUUCUAUCGAGAGCAAGCUGUCCAGUACGAGGCCAAGUGGCGAGAGGCCCAGCUGGAAUUGGAAGAGUUCCAGGCCAGCAGCCGAGACCUGGAGGCAGAGCUCGAGACCCAGCUGAAGCAGUACGAGGCCUCCAACCGGGAGCUCAGGGCGAUGAUCACACGGCUGCAGGUUGACAACGAGGGACUGCAGGAGAAGCUUCAACAGAGCAAGCAGGAGGGUGCACGGCAGGUGCACGACUUGCAGGCUCAGCUGGAGGAGGUCACUGCCUCCCGCGAGGAGAUGCACAGCUACAUCCGCGAGCUGGAGCAGUCCAAUGAUGACCUGGAGCGCGCCAAGCGGGCAACUGUGGCAUCCUUGGAGGAAUUUGAGUCCAAGCUGAACCAGGCUAUUGAGCGCAACGCCUUCCUCGAGAGUGAGUUGGACGAGAAGGAGGCUAUGAGCUUCAUGGUGCAGCGGCUCAAAGACGAGGCACGAGACCUGAAGCAAGAGCUGAUGAUCCAGCAGAGCGUGCACAAGGAGCAGACGACAUCCUUUGUUCCCGACGCUCCAUCGCCACUGGUGCAGCGCCGGGAGUCCAUGGGAUGCGCCCCUCUGAUCCCACCCAGGGCCCAAGCAAGCAGCUGCAUCCCAGGGAUAGCCGACUCCAACCGGCUUGCCACGGAUGGGGCAGCCAGAGCAGCAGCGGCCAGUAACGGGGCACCCCAGCAGCCACCGCCGGGUGUGUGCUCAUCUGGCCAGACGCCACUGACGCCCUCGGCACGGGUCUCGGCCCUCAACAUUGUCGGCGACCUCCUGCGCAAAGUUGGCACGAUGGUAACGGUGGCUGCCACGACACCACGUCGACGCCAGGGUGACACGUCUGCCAACAAGAACUUGUUUGCAUCACCCCGCACCGAUCGGCCUUGCAACAACUAGAGACCCCCUUGCUUCUGUUGUAUUCUUCCAGUCUUUACCCUUAUUUCACUGUUCUGAUGGUGUGCUUUAGGAAUGUUUUUUUCGGGCAACCACUUUUGCAGAUGUUUCACUUUCACGAGGCCAAACGAGCCCACGUAUAUAACCAACAGCAUUUAUAGUACUUUGCCAAGCUCGCUAUCUUUGCACAGAGCCAAGAGCACUGUUGGCCAUAUACUUUGACGCAUCCAGUGCCAAUUCUUGCAAAAUCUCGCAAAAGUGAAACUAUUUCCAAAAGUGAUGGCAGUAAAUACCACCCCUAUUCUGUGCAAAUGUUUCUCUCGAUGCAUUGAAUGAUAAUUGAAGCAGCCUUCUGGAAUGGAAUAUGGUUUCACACACGUCAGUCCUUCUGAUUAUCAAAGCAUCAGCAAGUCCAUCUAGAUACGUAGCUUCCUAGCUAACCACACACAGUUCGUCUAUACCGUCUAUCUACUGUCCCUGCCACACAUUAUUGUACGUACUUGGUCCAUUGUUAUGCUCAAUUUACAUCAGUGACUGUGCAUCUAAUAUUUCUUCCACCACUCGUCUAUUUGUAGACAAUUCUUGUUUCAAUAAAUUUCAAGCUAUUGCAAAAGUAGGGACAGCUGGGCGAGUUGGCUGACGUGACGUCCUGAGCAGCUGGCUCACAGGAAGGGCAUUAUUUAAGCACAGCAUUGUAGUCCAUGAAAAACUAAAGGGCAACUCGUAAAACUUGCAAAAUGCCAUCGCAGCUUUAAAAAAAUACAUUGCAUGCCAAAAAUUGGAUACAUCAGGUAAACUUUUCUUGAGCCCUAAUGAUUUGAGAUACCAACGUUGUGUGCAAGGAUUAGGGAAAGCAUUCGUCUCAGUGUAAUGACAGGACACCGGAACUCUUGCCUGAGUUAUGCAAAGUAUUCAUAUAAUUAGAGGCAAAAAAUGUCAGAAGUCUUUUAUGAAAAUGUUGCCCAGCAUUGCUAGUGACCACAAAUGGCUUCAUGUUAUUGCACCUUGUCAGAAUCUGUUGGAUAUUUCAUUGAAAUGAUCCAUGCUCAGGAACAUUUGCACCAAGCCUCUCUGACAUAAUUUCAGUUUACUUUUUUUUUUCACGCUGUCACACAAUGAGUCACAACCCAGUGAAGCUGUCAGUAUUGCUGAUUCUCAUCAGUGUAUUGUUUGGCAAUGUUACGGUCACAGAUUGCAUACCUGCCAGAUUUAAGUACAAUGGUAUAUCAUUUGCUGCAUAAAUUUCUCACUCUUAAUGCUGUUUUACGUACCUAUAAACCUAUUAGUCUCGCUGGCAGUGUUCUUAAAAAUAUGUGACUCGGCAUUUGUUAUCGAGAAUCUUCUACUUAUGUGUUCAGCUGCCAUUGGGUGAUAUUUUUAAAAACAAUUUUCACAUCUUUUUCUGGUAAAACAGUUUAUUUUUUGUUGUGGUGCACUUAGCAUGGUGUGCUUGCCAAGUAUGUGUCUUUUGUCAUGGCUUGCACAAUGAAUGUAUGCUAAUGAUGCAGUAGUUUUGGAAAAUGAGCAUGUAAUUAUUUGAUCAGCACUUUGAUCAGCAGAAUGAGGCUUUGCACAGGCUCUGGUCAUGCAUGCCUACACAUGUGAGCCUUCAAAAACGCAUAUACAAUAAACCUAGCAGAGCUGCAACACUCA